CGGACUCGCUUCCCGCCCUCCUCUCUUCGCCCGCAGAGGGGCCCGGCAAGCGCAUGAGCUUCAGGCCAGGGUUGAGGGCCAUUUGGGCCUCGAGAUGUCCCCGAGACUUGGUUGGCUUGCCCUUUACAGUCUGUCAGUGACACUCUUCACAUGUCUCCUCUUUUUGAAGAGGGAGGCCAAGCCAGCACAGCAGGUAGUAGGGGGCCCUGUGGUAAGGCAUCCCUUCUGGGCACCUGCAGUGUCCCAUCGAAGCCUGUGUCUGCCCAACUCUGAAUCCAUCAAUGCAUCCACAGUCCUGCCUGUCCGUCACCGCCUCUUCCUGACCUAUAAACACUGCCGGAACUUCUCUACCCUAUUACAGCCCACGGGCUGCCCUGCUGACACCUUCCUCCUGCUGGCAAUUAAAUCAUUGCCUGCUCAUGUGGACCGCCGAGCAGCCAUCCGCAGCACCUGGGGCCGGGUCAGUGCCCUGCAUGGGGGGCAGCAGCUAAAACUGGUAUUUCUCUUGGGAGUUGGGGGAACUUCCCCACCCCCUCAGUUGUUGGUUUACGAGAGUCAGGAGUUUGAUGACAUUUUACAGUGGAACUUUACUGAAGACUUUUUUAACUUGACUCUGAAGGAGCUUCAUCUCCAAAGGUGGCUGGCCGCCAGCUGCCCACAGGCCCAGUUUGUCCUCAAAGGGGAUGAUGACGUCUUUGUCCACGUGCCCAAUGUCCUGGAGUUCCUAGAAGGGCAAGACCCCACCCAGGAUCUCUUUGUAGGGGAUGUGAUUAGAGAAGCCCUUCCUAACAGGAACACCAGGGUCAAGUACUUCAUCCCCCCCUCCAUGUACCACGCUCAGCACUACCCACCCUAUGCUGGAGGUGGGGGAUAUGUGAUGUCGCAGGCCACAGUUCGAGGGCUCCAGGCUGCAGCGGAGGAGGUGGACUUAUUUCCCAUUGAUGAUGUUUUUGUGGGUAUGUGCUUGCAGAAACUGGGAGUGAAGCCAACCCACCAUGCAGCAUUCAAGACCUUUGGGAUUCGACGACCCCUGGACCCCCUCGACCCAUGUCUGUACAAGGGGCUGCUGCUGGUGCACCGUCUCAGUCCCUUGGAGAUGUGGACUAUGUGGGCUCUGGUGAAGGAUGAGGGCCUACGCUGUGCUGCCCUUCCCGCCCUGGCCCAACAGCCUGGCUAAGGGAGUGCCUGACAGGUCCAGACCGGUAGUGUUCAGAGGCUGGUAGGGGACUUAGCUAUUGGUUACUUUCUAAAAAGGCUAAGAAAACAGAGAGCUUUUAAACUAAUGUAGCUUGGUGGAAAAUUAUGUCCUAAACUGUAGUCCCACAGAUUAACUUUGAUUAAAAAAAUACACAAAAAGAGCCUGGCUAAUGGAUGGGAGAGUGUGCAGUGGGGUUGGUAGCCCCACUCAAGCAAGCUCCAUCUUCUCUACCAAAGCAGAAGUUUUUAAAAGAAACAAGUGGACUCCAGGUAGUGAGUGGCUUUUCUACAGACCUGGGUAUGGGAUAAUACUGGCUAGCUUCAUUCCCUGCAGAAAAACCUCCCUAGUACCUUAAACAUGCAAGGAAAAGUACCUCUUUUGGGGGGGGGGGGG